AUGGCGGGCGGAGUGACAGGCGUGCUCCUGUACGCGGUGAGCGCCGCGGUACUGGGCAUGCUGCAGUUUGGCUUCAACACGGGUGUCAUCAAUGCUCCACGUCCCUUCAUCGAAAACUUCAUCAGUACACAGUACGAUGUAAACCCCGGCACCAUAUUCAGCGUCAUCGUCAGUAUCUUCGCUGUCGGUGGUAUGAUCGGAUGUCCUUUCGCCAGCUGGAUGCUUGAAAAAUACGGCCGCAAAAACGCACUUGUCGUCAAUUCAAUGAUUGGAGUCCUUGGUGCUAUCUUUAUGGGUUUCAGUAAACUUGCAGACUCAGUAGAAAUGAUCAUUAUUGGUAGAUUUAUCAUUGGAGUUAACUGCGGCUUUGCAACAACAGCUUCCCCCACUUAUGUAUCAGAAGUAGCACCGGUGAGGCUGAGGGGAGCGUUUGGUACAGUAAAUCAGCUGGCUGUCGCAUUCGGAUUGGUUGGAGCUCAGAUCUUGGGUAUCGAUAUGAUAAUGGGAAGUGAUGAAGGAUGGCCGUGGCUGCUUGGACUUGCAAUUUUCCCAUCAGCUAUUCAGUUCGUGAUGAUUAUAUUUGCACCUGAAAGUCCUCGUUACUUACUGCUCGUCGCUCGGGAUGAAGAGACCGCUAGGGCUGAGCUAGCUAAAAUCCGUGGUACGAAUGAAAUCGACGAUGAGAUCAAUGAUAUGCAUGUAGAAGAUCGUGCAGCUAGACAGGAGGAGAAGUUCUCUAUUCUAGACUUGUUUAAGAUUAAAGCUCUGCGUCAGCCACUAAUUAUUGGAAUCGUGAUGCACUUGUCUCAACAACUGGGAGGCAUUAAUGCGGUUCUGUAUUACUCCACCACGAUAUUCGUGAAUGCAGGCCUAACACAGGAGAAUGCGCGGUUGUCUUCAAUAGGUGUUGGUAGUAUGUUAUUUAUUAUGGCUCUCGUGUCGAUUCCCCUUAUGGACCGUCUAGGAAGACGAACACUACAGCUGGUUGGACUUGCAGGUAUGGCACUGUUUUCUGUGCUCAUGACUGUUGCUUUCUUCACUUAUAACGAUAACACUACGAUGAGUAUAUUUGCCGUUAUAUUUACGUUCCUGUACGUGGCGUUCUUCGGAGUGGGUCCUAGUUCGAUUCCGUGGAUGUUGCUGUCAGAGCUGUUCGGGCAGGGCGCCCGCAGUGCGGCGGUUAGUGUCGGCGCCCUCGUCAACUGGUUCGCUAACUUCAUCGUAGGGUUAACUUUCAUUCCGAUGUCUGACGCGUUCGGCAACUACGUGUUCUUGCCGUACACUGUCCUCCUCGUUCUAUUCUUUAUAUUCACGUACCUGCAGUUACCAGAGACGAAAAAUAGGACGAUCGAAGAAGUGACAGCUCUCUUUAAGAAGUAA